CCCUGUCCCUUAUCCCAUUUACCUCUUUAUAUCUAUCUAUCUCAUACAUCCCCAACCAUUCUCUCCAUUUUCUGUGUCAUCUUCUCACUCUGGCCCUAUUUCGAGCUCAUAUAUAUAAACGUACAUAAAACUAGCUCACAUAUAACUAUACAACUAGCUGGUACAUCUUUAUCACGUUCUCCUUCUGUACCACCAAAACCAUCUUAUAUCGACAAUAUGGAAAUGUUUGGGCACAACAUUGGCGGAAGAUCAGGUCAGAAUGGUAACAACGCAAAUCUUGCUUGGGAUAUAUGGGAGAUGAAUAGUGGUAACAAUAAUGGCAACAGCGAUAUACUUUACAUGACGGCUACAGCGGCGGCCGUCACCAUAGCGGAACCACCUUCCGGCUCAAGCGGGAGCUCCGAAGCGAGUUUGGGUCACGCGCUCGUUCACAACAAUAACGGCGGCGUUCAAGCAGUGCAGCAGCAAUUCCAGAAUUUCUACGGUGGUGAUCAUCAUCAGAACAGUCGUCUUCAUGGGUCCCAAUACCUCCCGGAUCCCCACCUUAUGUGCUUAAAGCUGGGGAAGAGGAACUACUUUGAGGACGCUCCUCCGCCCCUUCCUGAUCACCACCGACACGUGACGGGUUUCCCUUUGGCCGUAGGGGGUAUGAAGAGAGGCAAGAACUUAUUGUAUGGCGAUGAUAGCAACGGCAUCGGCGGGGCUUCUACUUCGUCGUUGAAAGUGCCGCGGUGUCAGGUGGAGGGGUGCCAAGUGGCGCUGGUGAGCGCGAAGGAGUACCACCGGCGGCAUAAAGUGUGUGAGAUGCACUCCAAGGCCUCCAAGGUGGUAGUCUUAGGGCUGGAACAGCGCUUCUGCCAGCAAUGCAGCAGGUUUCACGUAGUGUCGGAGUUUGACGAGUCUAAAAGGAGUUGUAGGAGGAGAUUAGCUGGGCAUAAUGAGCGAAGAAGAAAAUGCUCUCAUGAUUCUUUAGCCAGAGGCUCUUCUCAAGAGAAGAAAUUGAUGAUGGCUGCAGGGGGGUUUCCAUACCUAUCGUCAUCGCCGACAGGACGUAGUGCUCUCUCUCUUCUGUCAUCAUUCAAGAGUUGUAAUGACUCUUGGGUGCUAUCUCCAUCUGAUCUCUCCUCAAGAUCCCGCGCUGCACUUCGUGAACUCAUUGCAGAAAACCGUGCAGCCAUCUUGGCUCGCCAGGUCAUAUCUUCUUCAAACAGGUCAAACUCAAACUGGGAGGCCUCAGCACAUUAUAGUAACCAUUCGGCGCAAGAAUUUGGUGACCAUCUAAGCCAAUCGUGGCUGUCUAGUUCUGUCCAAUCCCAUCACCAUCAGCAGCAGCAGAUGUAUUCUGCUAAUCAGCAUAGUUGGGAUAGGUUCCAUGAAAGUGGUGCGCAUUUGACACUUGAUCUAAUGCAGCAGCCCCCGAGCCCGGCAUAUGAGACUCUCUUGCCUGCAAGGGACGCUAGUACUAAGGCUGAAGAUGACGAGUGUGACCUGUGGAAAUGGAACUCCUUCUAAAGGAGACAGUGUGGUAGUAUGAAUUUAGUUCUUACAUGUCUGUAAUAAAUAUAAUUUUCAUUCAUUUCUCUUGUUAAUUUAGUUUUGGACAGGGCUAGUUUAUCUUCGCUCCCUUCAUCUAUCUAUAUCUUGAGCAAAGGCUCAUGCUAGAGUAAAAAUUGUCGAAC